CCACCCCGCCGGCCGCUUGUCAUCCGACACUUUAUUACAAUACCAUGAUGCUCGCCCUGUCUGUCAACUCGCCGUUGACCGUUAAUACCUCACCUUCUUCUUCUGGAGAGCGUUACAUGUGCCCCGUCAAAUCCUGCCGCCAACUCUUCCAAUACCGCGAGACCCUUGCACAGCACAGCCGCUCCCGACACAACCGAACAUAUGAACCCAUCGUUCUUGAUUCCACGCAAGAAGCUCCUGCUCCUCAACCCAGGCCUGCUAGGAACGGUUCUAAUGCUCCUAGGCGAUCAACAGACUUGUCUUCACCCGAUGCCGCUCCUAUCCCGCGUGAACUGGGAUCGCUCUCUGAACCAGGAUCUGAUUCAUCCGUUCAGCCUCGAAUUAGUACUCGCUCAAAAAAGCGCAAAGUGGACGCACCUCCACCCCCUAGUAAACGCCCCAAGCGUGGCAACGACAGGAAAGCUGUGGAUGAAGAACCGGUCCAUGAAGAAUCAUCUGAACUGUGGAAGGAAAUCCAGCAAUUCGAUGAGCACGCAAAGUUGAUGACCAAAUACGAGUAUUGGAUGAACCGAUAUCAGCAGGAUCUGCAUGACAUUAUGGACCGCUACAAAGCAAUGGCAGCCAACGAGCCAAACCCUGCGUCCAUCAUUAACCCCUUUGCAGAUCGCAUACGAGAACUGGAAGUAGAGGGUCAAGCCCUCAAAAGUCGCAUCCAGCGUGUAGCCGAAAACGUCGAAACAGGCGUACUUGCGUCAUUGCGAAGUCAACUGGCUGAAAAGGAAAGAGCCAGGAGGGAAGCUACUGAAGCAGGUGAUGGUUGACAAAUCUCUGGCUAACCGGAAUGGAUGGGAACAUUUGUUGGUUUUUAUUAUUGUAUAUUGAGAAGGAGGAAGACAGAGAGCCGCCUUGCCUUGAGGCAACAGAUGACCUCUUCCCAUUGUAUUGGGUCCAUUCUUUAAAAAUGCAUACAUGCGCUGUCUGGACAAAGAAAGUCAAUAGAUUAGUUUUUGUUAUCCACUGACACUCUCACUUGACCACCAAGGAUUGGCACUCAAAAUCAUGAUCAAGACCAUUUCGUAGACAACUUUUUGCAUUGUG